CCUUCACCUUCACCUUCACCUUCACCUUCACCUUCACCUUCACCUUCACUGCACCCUCUAGUCUUUCCAUGGAAGCCCAAGAUUCUACUCAAGACAACACGGUCGAUCUUCGCGGACACCCAGUGCUAGCCUCUAAAACUGGCAAAUGGAAGGCCUGUUCCUUUCUUGUUGGCUAUGAAGCAUUUGAGAGAAUGGCUUUCUAUGGAAUAGCUUCCAAUCUAGUGGUUUACUUAACCACCCAACUUCACGAGGACACUGUUUCAUCUGUGAGGAAUGUCAACAACUGGUCAGGAGCAGUGUGGAUGACGCCAAUCUUUGGUGCCUAUAUAGCUGAUUCUUACAUCGGACGGUUCUGGACUUUCACAGUUUCAUCUCUCAUUUACGUCAUGGGUAUGGUGCUCCUGACAGUGGCAGUUUCACUCAAAUUUAUGAAGCCAACUUGUGCAAAUGGAGUCUGCAACAAGGCCUCUACUUCACGUAUAGGAUUUUUCUACACAGCUCUGUACAUCAUAGCUGUUGGGGCUGGUGGAACAAAACCCAAUAUAUCCACUUUUGGUGCAGACCAGUUUGACGAUUUUAAUCCCCAUGAAAAGCAGCUUAAGGUCUCUUUCUUUAACUGGUGGAUGUUCAGCUCUUUCAUAGGUGCCUUGCUUGCCACACUUGGCCUUGUGUACAUUCAAGAGAACCUGGGGUGGGGGUUAGGGUAUGGUAUCCCAACAGUUGGUCUUCUAGUGUCUUUAUUCAUCUUCUUUAUCGGAACUCCGGUGUACCGGCACAAAGUUAGGAAGACAAGGAGUCCUACCGGUGAACUGAUACAAGUUGCCGUCAAUGCAUUCGCCAAUCGGAAGCUUGAGCUGCCUUCUGAUCCAUCUGAGCUUCACGAGUUUGAGCUGCAACAUUACAUAAAUAGUAGAAAACGCCAGGUCCAUCACACUCCUAGUUUCAGGUUCUUGGACAAAGCUGCAGUGAAAGAAGGAAACACAAGGGGCUCCAGGACUCCAUGCACAGUGACUCAAGUGGAAGGAGCCAAGCUUGUUUUAGGGAUGGCCAUGAUAUGGCUUGUUGCAUUAGUCCCCAACACCAUCUGGGCACAAAUCAACACUCUCUUUGUCAAACAAGGCACCACCUUGGAUCGAAACCUUGGUUCAAGCUUCCAAAUUCCAGCAGCAUCACUAGGGAGCUUUGUAACACUCUCCAUGCUACUGGCUGUACCCUUGUACGAUCGCUACUUCGUGCCAUUCAUGCGUAGGAAAACCCAAAAUCCUAGAGGAAUCACACUGCUUCGAAGGCUAGGAAUUGGAUUUGCGAUCCAAAUCCUAGCCAUUGCAAUUGCUUAUGCUGUGGAAGUCAGAAGAAUGCAUGUCAUAAGAAUGCAUGAACCAAUAGGACCUAAAGAAAUUAUCCCCAUGACCAUAUUUUGGUUAUUGCCUCAGUAUGUUUUGUUAGGCGUUGCUGAUGUGUUUAAUGCCAUUGGAUUGCUGGAAUUCUUCUAUGAUCAGUCCCCAGAAGACAUGCAAAGCCUCGGGACAACGUUUUUCACCAGCGGGAUUGGGGUUGGGAACUUCUUGAAUAGCUUUCUGGUGACAAUGGUGGAUAAAAUCACAGGGAGGAAUGGAGGUAAGAGCUGGAUUGGGAAGAACUUGAAUGAUUCUCACUUGGAUUACUAUUAUGGGUUCCUUAUGGCCAUUUCUAUUCUGAAUUUUGGAGCCUUUUUGUGGGCAUCAAGCAAAUAUGUUUACAAAAGGGAAUGCAUGCAAGUGAAGGAAGGGUGUGUACAACUGGAAGGCAAACCAUUAGACACAACUCCUUUAGGGUUGCAAGUGUGAAUUAACUUGAUGGUCCUACAACUUAUUAGCAUGUGGUAACUUGCAUUAUUAAGUGAAAUAUUUGGUGGCUUUAGUGGCCUUUUUUUUUGGUAUUUUAAGGUACUUAUAUUUUUUAAGAACUCUUUUAAAUAUGGUGGCCCUACCAAUACCAUCAAUUCACUUUUGCUUAUUUUCUAGUGAUGGAAAACUUUUUAAUCAUGUUUUUUCGGAACUAAUGAUUACAAUUCUCUCGAAUACAC